AUGGCAAAUUUACAUGAAAAAAUUAUAAAAGAUACAUCGUUAGAAGAUGAAGCUAUUCGAGAAACUAAUGAUGAUGCUGCGACAAGCAAACUAUCCGCAGUAAAUGUAGGAUAUUUAAAUGAUAAGUUUGUUAAGUAUUUUGUAAGAAGAACAACCAGAAGACCGCCAAUUAUUAAUAGAGGUUUCGUUGUUUAUAUAUUAAGAGAUGAGAUAUGA